AUGGCCAAACACUGCCACCACGUUGCGGAGGUCCUGAAACGCCUGAGGGAGUUCCAGCUCUUCCUCAAAGCCGAGAAAUGUUCCUUCCACCAACCCUCAGUGCAGUUCCUAGGUUACAACAUCAGCAGCAGUGGCAUCCAGAUGGAGGGGAAGGUAGACGCCAUAAAGUCAUGGCCCACUCCAUCAACAGUUAAGGAGCUCCAGAGAUUUCUAGGAUUCGCAAACUUUUACAGACUAUUCAUCCAAAGCUACAGCUCCAUUGUGCAUCCACUCACCGACCUACUCCGUAACAAGCCUAAGUCACUGUCCUGGUCUGCAGCGGCCGACGGGGCCUUCAACACCUUAAAAGAAGCCUUCACCAGCGCACCGCUCCUCAUUCAUCCGGACCCAGAGAAACCCUUCGUAGUGGAGGUGGAUGCUCUCGCAGCAGCAGGGGAAACCAGCUCGGCUCCAUCCAUGUGA